UUCUUGGCUGCAUCCAUACCUGUCACCCCAAUGCACGCUUUCCCCACUCUUAUUUCUGUGACUCUUUCUUCUUUGCAAAAAACAAGAAAAAGAAAAAGAAAAAAUACUUCUUCCACUCUCAUCAAUCUCUCGUCCCUCCAUAACUUUUCAUCUUCUUCCUCCUCCUCCUCUAUCAACUGUAAAAUCUCCUCCCUCGCAACAAGAAUUCCCCACAAUUUUUCAGAUCCCCCAUUAUUACUCCCACCCCACAGAUCUCGUACCCAUCCUCACAAAAUCCACUCUGAUUCCCCUAGAAAAGCAACUAAAAGGGAUGAAAUUUUCCCAUAAAGAUUCGGAUAAGGUACCCAUUAUGGUUCCGGGCUCGAACACCCGGCCCGCGAUGCCCAAAUUCAUGGCCUACCUCAUCCUCUUCGUCUCCGCCACCUACGUCGUCUACACCCUCAAGCUCCUCUCCUCCCCUCCCCACAACUGCGACGACAACCAGCCAUUGUUCAGAAACAGCCGCCUCUCCCUGCCCCAGCAGCCCAACACGACGUCGCUCGAUCCCCAGCCUCCCCCGCCCCGAACCACGCUCCUCCGCCAAACGACGCCGCCUGGCCGGAGCCGUCAGCUGGGGCUCGAGCACAUCGUCUUCGGCAUUGCCGGCUCGGCCAAGCUGUGGGACCAGCGCAAGAGCUACAUCAAGCUCUGGUGGAGGCCCAAAGAAAUGCGGGGCGUGGUCUGGGUCGACAGCCGGGUCAAGACCCGGCCCGAAGAGGACCUGCCCGCCGUCAACGUCUCCGAGGACACCACCCGGUUCGCUUAUUCGAACCGGCAGGGCCACCGGUCCGCCAUCCGGAUCUCGAGGAUCGUAUCGGAGACUUUCCGGACCGUAGCGGGGAGGAGAUCCUCUUCUGGGGAGGAGGAGAUAAGGUGGUUUGUGAUGGGGGACGACGACACCGUCUUCGUGACGGACAACUUGGUUAGGGUUUUGUCCAAGUACGAUUACCGGGAGUAUUACUACGUUGGGGGGUUGUCGGAGAGCCAUAUGCAGAAUAUCUAUUUCUCUUACAGUAUGGCGUUCGGCGGAGGUGGGUUUGCGAUUAGUUAUCCGCUGGCGAAGGCGGUGGAGAGGAUGCAGGACAAGUGUAUACAGAGGUAUCCUGGGUUGUUUGCCUCCGAUGAUCGGAUGCAGGCGUGCAUGGCCGAACUCGGCGUCCCGCUCACUAGAGAACUCGGUUUCCACCAGUAUGAUGUGUACGGGAAUCUAUUUGGACUCCUCGCGGCACACCCAGUAGCACCAUUGGUGUCGUUGCACCACCUUGAUGUGGUGGAACCCAUUUUCCCUAACGUGACUCAAGUAGAAGCCCUGCAGCGGCUGCAAAUUCCAAUGAAGCUCGACUCAGCAGGUCUCAUACAACAAUCUAUUUGCUACGACAGUGAGAAGAAGUGGACAGUGUCUGUAUCUUGGGGUUUUGCAGUUCAAGUUAUUCGUGGGGUUUUAUCGCCACGGGAGAUAGAAAUGCCAUCGAGGACGUUCUUGAAUUGGUAUAAGAGAGCGGAUUACAUGGCCUACGCGUUCAACACGCGACCGGUGGCCAGGAAUCCUUGUCAGAAGCCCUUUGUGUUCUACAUGUCAAAAGCUAGGUUAGAUUCUUCCACAAACCAAACAGUGAGCAUUUAUGAUAGGCAUCGAGUUCCUCAUCCUUCGUGUAGAUGGAAGAUGCCAGAUCCUGCUGACCUUGACAGAGUGGUGGUAUACAAAAAACCUGAUCCUCAUCUAUGGGAUAGGUCUCCACGUAGAAACUGUUGCAGGAUCUUGAACUCGAAGCGAAGAAGCAUGGUGGUGGAUGUGGGUGUGUGUAGGGAAGGUGAGAUCAGUGAAGUACGGACAUAAUCCAACAGAUGAGAACCUCUUUUCCUUAUUUUAUUGUUCGUCAUUAUCUUGAUCCUCAGCUCUAUUAGAUACCUUAAUUGGUAAAUUCAAGCCUUCAAAAUUUCUUCGAAGGUUCUUUUUUGAGGCGACUAGUACGCCAAUGUGUACAAAGUUGUAUUUACACUUCAAAUCAUAAAAUACAUGUUACCGCAGUGUAGUUUCUGAAGUUAGGAGAUCUUAGGAAUUGGUACAAUGUUCAUGCCAUUUCUUGAGCUAUUUUAUUUUUAAAUAUGUUUAAGCGAAUUUGUCAUGUUUGUUAUGAUCAUAUCAAUUACCAAUUCAUGGGUUUGAUUGUCA